AUGUUUAGAUUAUUAUACUUUCUAUUGAUAGUAUCAAUAACUAUUGGUGGCAUUUUAUCAUAUGAGGACAAGAUAGAUAAGUCGUCAUCAUAUCCGCCAGGUUUAUUUUAUUAUUGUGAUCCAUCAAGGCCAACUUAUUGUUUCUGGGUGGGUCGUCCAGGUGCAGAUCAAACAAUACCUCCAACCACAUCUUUUAACCAACCACCAUCAUUUAAUGGUAACCAAUACAUCCCACAAUUACCAUCGAUCAACCUUGGUGGUUUUGAUACUCUAUCGCUGGUUAGAGAGCUUCUAAAACAAUUGAUUGACCAGAUUUUAUUGAGCAAAGGUUGGACUCACUCUGUGGUAGAAACCUAUUCUCCACCAACAUCUGAAGGAUCUACUUUUACCAUAGGUGCAAGUGGUACUAGUACUUCAUUUACAUCUUCUGGAUCCUCAUUCUCAUCGUCUUCACUCGGAUCAUCUUCCUCUUCAAGAUCAGGUGGUGAAGGAUCAACUCCAGCAUUUCAGACAACUCCAGUGAACGGAAGAGUACCUGUUCAAUACCAAGCAUCGAUCACAGGCUUUAUAGGAGGAACAUCGCCAUCCAUUCAAGAUAGUUCGCCACCAGCCAUUCAGUCGCGUUUCUAUCCAAGUCAGUUGUUCCCACCUCAGGAAAUAGAUACUGAUUCCGAAUUUGAUGAUUUCGAAAAAUCACUUCCGCCAUCACAAAUCUGGCAAGGUCCUGGUAAUGGUGAUGAGCACCAAUCAAGUCUAUCAACUGAAUCUGAUCAGCCAUCAAGUCUAUCAACUGAAUCUGAUCAACCAUCAAGUCUAUCAACUGAAUCUGAUCAACCAAUUGAUAAUGAAACUUUCGGUGGUCAACUAUUAGGUAAUUUAAUUGAUAAUUAA